UCAACAGUAUAUCGCAACUGUGGUUAGAUGUGGAUGUCAUCAGCAGCUUCUGACAUUUCUGUUGAUUGUUCGCUCAACGUUUAGACGUGGGUAUAUUUCAUAGACAUUGCUGGAGACUUUAUGUCAAGACAUUAAUUGGUUUGUCUGUCGUUUGUAUUUUCUUCAGUAAAGAUUAAAAACUGUUGAUAGCGCAACUGGGGUUUGACGCUUCCAUGGUUCAUUCACGUCAGACAAAGCGUCAGAUUGGAGAAGUGGUGCGUGUGCCAAUUUCGGUUAAGACGUACGCAACAGGCUAUUAGGGACAACGACAGCGUAGAAGGGACUUUACUUCAGAUGUACGUUGCUGACAGAGCCGAUUUCAUUUUAGAACACGUAAGGAGACAUACGUGGUUGUAGGUAACAACGGCGUGUGAGAGCGCACUGAGCACAUUUGGUUCCGAUACAAGCUGUCAAGGAGAUGGUGGUCGACGGUCAAAGACUUGUCGGAGUGAAAGCUCCGAAUUCCAACGGGACAGACAAUGCUUUACCUACACUUAAUAGUAGUCCACCUGGGGACAUCCUUCGCAACUUCUAUCACACGAAAAGAGUUGGAAAUUAUCUAAUAGGAAGAAAACUGGGAGAAGGCUCCUUUGCUAAAGUUCGAGAGGGUCUUCACGCUUUGACAGGGGAGAAGGUGGCAGUGAAAGUGAUCGACAAGAGGAAGGCCAAGAAGGACUCGUACGUGACCAAGAACCUGCGGCGCGAGGGCCAGAUCCAGCAGAUGAUCCGCCACCCCAACAUCACGCAGCUGCUGGACAUCCUGGAGACGGAGAACAGCUACUACCUGGUGAUGGAGCUGUGUCCAGGCGGCAACCUCAUGAACCACAUCUAUGAGAAGAAGCGCCUGGAGGAGCGUGAGGCGCAGAAGUACGUGCGGCAGCUGGUCAUGGCCGUUGAGCAUCUCCACCGCGCCGGCGUGGUGCACAGAGAUUUGAAGAUUGAAAACCUUCUGUUGGAUGAACAUGACAACAUCAAAUUAAUCGACUUUGGCCUCAGCAACUGUGCUGGAAUCCUGGGCUACACAGAUCCCUUCAGCACGCAGUGUGGCAGCCCCGCCUAUGCGGCCCCUGAACUGCUGUCCCGCAAGAAGUACGGGCCCAAAGUGGACGUAUGGUCGAUAGGGGUGAACAUGUAUGCCAUGCUGACCGGCACACUGCCCUUCACGGUCGAGCCCUUCAGCCUGCGGGCCCUGCACCAGAAGAUGGUGGACAGAGAGAUGAACCCCCUGCCAACGAACCUCUCCUCAGCUGCUGGGAACCUUCUGAAGAGUCUCCUCGAGCCCGACCCCGCCAAGAGACCCAACAUCCACCAAGUGAUGUCCGACUCCUGGCUUCAGCUGGGCAACCCACACACCCUCGCCCCUUACCUGAACAGGAUCCAUAUCGAGGAGAUUAACCAAAUGGUGCUGCUGCACAUGACAGAAAACAUGGGCUACAAGCAUAGCGAGGUCCUGAGCGCGGUUCUCACCAACCGCGCCUGCCACACACUCGCUGUUUACUUCUUGCUCAACAAUAAAAUGAAGCGGCUUUCCAAAGAAUACCGGGAGAAGCAGAAUGUGGAGAAGGAAAAGAAGAACGAACUCUUCUUCCAGACCCAGUGGCGAAAGCAUAUCGAGAAGAUCACCAUCCCCCCGAAGCAAACUCCUGUCUACCUGGCCGUGAGCAAGGGCCCCACCAAAGAGAAGAAGCACAAGUCAGGCCUACUGCGUGCUGUGACUGGGGGACUGAAGGACGCAUACUCCGGUCAGGGAGGCUGUGUGGCCUCCUCCUCGCUAGAGUACCUGGAGAUCCACCCCCUGUUCCCACAGACGCCGCAGUCGCCCAGGCGGCAGGAGCCCCAGGAGGACAAAGACAAGGACAAGAAGGAGAGGGAGAAGGACAAGUCUAAGUCCAAGCCCAAGCGGAAGCCCGUCGACAUUCCGGCACGGCCGCCGUCCGCCCUGGCCGCCCACUCCUGGAACUCGGGCCACACCAAGGAGCCCGUGCAGGAGACGCCGCCGUCGCCGUGGUACAAGCUGACCAACGGCGCGCUCUCCCCACCGCGCCACGUCUCCGCCUUCCAGCCCGAGACGUCCUACCUGAAGAAGGCCACCAUCCCCACCAUCCCCUCGCUGCCGCCCAGCCAGCCCGUGGCCAUCGUGGCCCCGCAGCCCAAGAAGAGCCCUUCCUCGGCCUCCGACUGGCCGGACACGGGCGCCAGCCCGCCCAGCAGCGGAGGCAGCAGCUGCAGUGGGGGCAGUGAGGGCCCGGAGAGCCCCCAGCACAGGCGUGGUAGCAGUGCCGGUUCCAAGUUCCCCUCCAUGGGCAUCGGGCAGAUCCUGAAGAAGCGCGUGCCACCAUUCAGCUUCCGGCCGGAACAGGCGGUGGAGGUGGAGUCGCCCAUGCCCUGCCACAUGCAGACUCUUCUCUGCUCCUCCGGGAAGGCGCUCAAGACCCUCUGCUGAAUAGCAACAGCAGCUAGUCGCGUAACCCUUAACGAGACCUCUCUCCACAGCUAGCAGCGCACCCUAAAGACCUCUCCACCUCCAUCCCGUCUCCCCCUCCCAGCUGCGCACCAGCCUGACCAGCAUCACCACGUCAACAUAACCCUUAAACACUUCAAAUGUUCGGUUACUCUCUGUUACUGUACGAUGACCUCAUAUUCAUAUCACGUUGGAGUGGGAAGCAUGGCCACGUGAAUGUGGAGAGAAGAGAUCUGGACAGAAAAUGCCCGUAGGAGGAUUGUCCUGGCCUCCUGUACAGACAUUUGCUUGGAUAUGGAAGAAGAAAAAGGAGCGAGGAAAAAAAAAUGGCCUUUGAGUACUUUGCAAGAACAAAACAUGCACCUCAGCACUGAACAGUACUUAUCACUAGGAAUAUUGAUGAUUACGUAAUAUCACAGGUGGCUAGGCACAGGCACUGAGUCACUGUAGACUUAAGCUUUGAGAAUGUGUCGCAGCCAUCUGCCACUGCCAGCACAGUAGGGAUAGAACGUCUCUUUCUUCCAUCCUAGUCCCUCUGCAAUCUUACGUAAAUAUCACCACAAAUAGUUUGAAUACCUUCCUAUGCUACCCAUAUGCCAUAUGUCAAGGCAUUGUCGAAUUUCCAGUACUGCAUGUGCAUUCGUUUUUUGCCUCUGGGCUCUUCUUAACCAAGCAAUAUACAAGCAACUACCUUUACUGUGUUUGCGCAAAUUGUGUUGUUCUUCCUCACGAGUUUGUAAAGCUGCUAAAUGUCUUACGAACAAAAGUUAGUAGCGAACGGCUUUGUUUUUUUAAGCCCCGGGGUGCACACAACUUUGUUAUUGUCAUUUUUGUAACUUUAUAUACUUGCCCUGUUUCUCUUUUUGGAGUGACCCAGGGGUUUUGUUGUCAGUGUUGGAUUUGUGUGUCAAUUGUUAUGGCCUUAAUUCUCUCAUGGAAGUCACUUUAAGGCUGAAAUGGAGACUGGAAAAAAAAGUCAAGGGAUGAAUGUGAAUGGGUUUCUAUGAACUAUGAAAAAGAAGUGUAGUGUGUGCAAUAGUGUGUAUAUAGUCUCUGACAGAAGUGCUGCGCAUUGCCAAGUACAUUUUUGUUCUAUGAAUGAAGAUAGGGGUCGAGUAGGACGAUCGGCUUGUAAAUUAUACAACAUAAGUGUCUUGACAUGUCUUGUGCUUGUAUUUUGUCUUCAGCUGUGAUUUAAUACUGAGAGCACACCACUGUAGAUCCUCACCUCAAGUUUUUCACGGGUCCAGAAGGCUUUACACUGUUAAAGAGACAAGCUUUUUUUCUUGCAUGCAAAGACUUUUGGUACUUGACGUUUUUUGGAUAAAACUUUUUUGGUGAGACGGAAGACAGAAACUGAGGUGUUUUGUAAGCUUUUGUAAUGACAGGAUUUGCUUAUGAGUGAAGAGAUUAUGAUGUACAAAAAUAAAUAUUUAUAUUUCAAAAAUUGA